UAUGAAAUAUCUGAGAAUUUGACACAUGCUAAUAUGUAAAUGACCUUCAUUUACAUUAGCACAGAUUUCACAGAUUUUCUUAUUUCCUGAGUUUCUUUGCCUCACUCACUUGUUCUUGCCUGUGUCUCUGUUGCCCUCUGCUGGCCAUAUUAUGUGAUUCAGGUGCUGUAAUUUUGUAUUGAGUGUUGCCUGUUUUUGUCUCCACAGUAAGUUAAUUGCAAGAUGAGUACAGAAGACCAAAUUGCACCACUGUCUCCCAAGACAUCACCCUCCACACCAACCUUGACACCAUUUACGCAACGAAAAGAGAGUAACUCCUCAUCUGAAGGUAACAGACAGGACAGCUGGGAGUUGGUUGAGGACUUGCGCGGACUGACAGGAAAUAUUCAGAAGCCUGAGAAGCGGGAAGGUUUGCUGUUGAAAAAGAGAAAGUGGCCCAUGAAAGGCUGGCAUAAGAGAUAUUUCCUGCUUGAAAGGGGCAUCCUUACAUAUGCCAAGACCGGGACUGAUCUGAAGAAGGGGAGGUUACGAGGUCGCAUUGAUGUUGGUCUCUCUGUCAUGGCCAUGAAGAAGAAGUCAAUGUGUAUCGACCUGGACACAGAGGACAGUAUCUAUCACCUCAAGGCGAAGACUCGGGAUCUGUUUGAACAGUGGGUGACGCAACUACGCCAUCAUCGAAUGUUCCGUCAGAACGAGAUCGCCAUGGAACCUCCCGAGCGACAGCUGCAAUCUGACCCCACCUCCAACAGACGAGUAUUUACCCUCCUUAUACAGUCAUCAAUCACGAGUGUAGUAUAAAAGUCAGCCUUUAGACCCAACAUCCCUUCAAACAGGAUAAGAACCUCUAAAGCUGUAAGGAAGUUACAAUAAUAAGGAGAUCCACCGAUAUGCUGAAAUUUUGCC